AUGAAUCAGGGAGGCCAAGCAAUCUUCAGGUCUCUCACCACUGACCUUGAAGAGGUCACAAUAACAGUGGGAGGUGGGGUUAAACUACAGCUGGUGUUUGGUGACAUCACCAAUGAGAUUACAGAUGCUGUGGUGAACACGACCGACUUCACUAAUUUCAGUGAUGAUGGUGUGUGCAAAGACAUCUUAACUGUAGCUGGACCAGAUGUGGAGGCAGAACUGAAAGCAGCAAAAGUGAACCGGGGAGACGUUUUGGUAUCCCAGUCUGGAUCAUUCCCCUGUGAUGCCAUUUUACAUGUGUGUGGAGAAAGGGAUGCUGGCCUCAUUGAACAACUUGUGUGUCGCAUCAUUGAUCACUGUGAAACCUUUGGAUUCGAGUCUGUGGCCAUUCCUGCCAUCUGUGCUGGUGUUGGUGGGUUGGACCCAGGUGUCGUGGCAGGUGCCAUCUUCCGAGGGGUCAAGGCUGCCACAUCGUCCACUCCCCUUUACAGUCUCACAAAGAUUCGCCUUGUCCUGAUCAAGAUUAAUGUUUUCCUGGCGUUUAAAGAGGAAGCAAUGCAGAUGUUUGCCACUGCUGUAAUCAACCGAGCACCAGUACAUCAGUUUUCUCAAGCACCACAACAACAGCCUCCACUGUCUAUGAACGCAGACUUAAGCAUCGUCCGUACCAUUUCUACAAGUCAUCAGUCUAUCUUCCAGUUUUUGGGUCUUUCCAGAGAGGAUGUUGAUGAUGCCAUGAUAAAGCUGAAUAAUCUGUAUGAGGCUCAGUGCUCCACACAAACCCUCAAAAAGGCAGAGCUGGAAGGCAUCACCCAAGACGACAUGAAUGAUCUGACACAGCUGGUGGAGACCCUGGGUCUGUACAUGCAGAUGAACCAGGGUGACUUGAUGGUGAGCGGGUUGAAAGAUGGAGUCGGCCAAGUGACACAGAUGAUUAAUGCCUUUCAGCAUGACUGCCUCAGGAGACAGAUGAGAGUUAGGGAGGAGGAGGAUUUGUAUGGCCGUGUGGCUUGGUGCAUCCUGGGACAUAAUGGCAACUGGGAGAGAUUCCCCAAAACAGCCACUUAUGACCUUGAAAUUAAUGAUAUAGCUAGAGGGAUAGUGGAUGCACAGGCAAUCCAAUGGACCGUGGAUCGACAGAGGAUGGAGGCCACAAGACCAUUAAGUGGACACACGGCAAAGCUAAAACGACUUGAGAAUCUGCCAGACUUCACUCCCCCUUUGUACUGGGACAACAUGGCAAAAGAUAAAAACCUGAUGGUGGUUGCACUGCAGCCUUCCUCUGUUGAGUAUCAAACUGUAAAGGAAGCCUUUAAACGAACUGUCCCCAAGACUGUAAUGAAGGUAAGCAGCUUUUACCAGGAACUACUUGCUUAG